GGAAGGAGGGAGGGGAGGGGCGGCGCGGGGGUGCCGGCCGUGGCGGCGGCUCCGUGGGCUGCUCCUCGCGAGAGCGGGCGAGGUUUCCGGUGUUGUGACUGCGGGGCCGUAAACAUGGCGGUGAGUCUCCGCGCCCGCUCGUUGAGGCACCUCCGCAUCCGAGGUCGGAACGACAGCGGCGAGGAGAACGUCUCCCUCGAUCUCAGCCGAGAACCGUCGGAUAAUAUGAGAGAGAUUCUCCAAAAUGUAGCCAAAUUACAAGGCGUCUCAAAUAUGAGGAAACUGGGUCACUUGAAUAAUUUUACUAAGCUACUUUGUAAUAUUGGCCAUGCUGAAGAAAAGCUAGGGUUUACGUAUGACAGCAUCAUAAUAUGUCUGAGGUUAGCUUUACUGAAUGAAGCAAAAGAGGUGCGAGCAGCAGGAUUGCGAGCUCUUCGCUAUCUAAUUCGAGACUCCAGUAUUCUGCAGAAGGUCCUGAAGUUGAAAGUGGAUUACUUGAUAGCCAGGUGCAUUGACAUACAGCAGAGUAAUGAAGUUGAAAGAACACAAGCACUUCGAUUAGUCAGAAAGAUGAUCACUGUGAAUGCAUCAUUGUUCCCCAGUUCUAUUACUAAUUCUUUGAUAGCAGUUGGAAAUGAUGGUCUUCAAGAAAGAGACAGAAUGGUUCGAGCAUGUAUAGCCAUUAUCUGUGAACUAGCGCUUCAGAAUCCAGAGGUGGUGGCUCUUCGGGGUGGUUUAAGUACCAUCUUGAAAAAUGUGAUUGAUUGUCAGCUGAGCAGAAUAAAUGAGGCUCUCAUAACUACAGUUUUGCACCUCAUUAAUCAUCCAAAGACCCGACAGUAUGUGCGAGCAGAUGUAGAAUUAGAGCGAAUUUUAGCUCCUUACACAGAUUUUCACUACAGGCAUAAUCCAGAUACGGCAGAAGGACAACUCAAGGAGGACAGAGAAGCACGUUUCCUAGCUAGUAAAAUGGGAAUAGUGGCAGCAUUUCGAUCAUGGGCAGGUAUUAUCAGCCUGUGCAAACCUGGAAAUUCGGGGAUUCAGUCUCUUAUCGGGGUACUCUGUAUACCAAAUAUGGAAAUACGGCGAGGUCUGCUUGAAGUUCUAUAUGAUAUAUUUCGCCUUCCUCUCCCAGUUAAUGCAGAAGAAUUUAUUGAGGCACUUCUCAGUGUAGAUCCAAGCAGGUUUCAAGACUGUUGGAGACUUUCUGAUGGCUUUGUAGCUGCUGAAGCUAAAACUGUAUUACCCCAUCGAGCCAGGUCAAGGCCUGAUCUCAUGGAUAAUUAUUUGGCUUUAGUGCUUUCAGCUUUUAUUACCAAUGGACUUCUAGAGGGUCUGGUUGAAGUGAUCACAAGUAGUGAUGACCAUGUGUCUGUUAGAGCAACUAUCCUUUUAGGAGAACUUUUGCACAUGGCAAACACAAUUCUUCCUCAUUCUCACAGCCAUCACCUGCACUGCUUACCAACACUAAUGAACAUGGCAGCAUCUUUUGACAUCAUGAAAGAGAAAAGACUACGAGCAAGUGCCGCACUCAACUGCUUGAAACGUUUUCAUGAGAUGAAGAAAAGAGGACCUAAACCUUACAGCCUCCAUUUAGAUCACAUUAUUCAGAAAGCGAUCUCAACACACCAAAAAAGGGAUCAGUACCGUGUGCAGAAAGACAUCUUUAUUCUAAAGGAUACAGAAGAAGCACUUGUAAUGAAUCUUCGAGACAGCCAGGUUCUCAAUCAUAAAGAGAAUCUUGACUGGAAUUGGAAUUUAAUAGGUACCAUACUGAAGUGGCCAAAUGUAAAUCUAAGGAACUAUAAAGAUGAACAAUUGCACAGGUUUGUAAGGAGAUUGCUGUAUUUUUACAAGCCUAGCAGUAAACUGUAUGCCAACCUGGAUCUGGAGUAUGCCAAGGCUAAGCAGCUCACUGUGGUGGGUUGUCAGUUUACUGAAUUUCUUCUUGAAUCAGAAGAGGAUGGACAAGGUUACCUGGAGGACUUGGUUAAAGAUAUUGUACAUUGGCUUAACUCUUCAUCAGGAAUGAAACCUGAGCGUAGUCUUCAAAAUAAUGGGUUGCUGAAUACUCUUAGCCAGCACUACUUCCUAUUUUUUGGUACUCUCUCUUGUCACCCUUAUGGAGUGAAAAUGCUAGAAAAAUGCAAUGUAUUUCAGUGUCUUCUUAAUCUUUGUUCUUUGAAGAACCAGGAUCACUUGUUAAAAUUGACUGUUUCUAGUUUGGAUUACAGCAGAGAUGGGUUAGCAAGAGUCAUCCUUUCUAAAAUCCUGACCGCAGCUACUGAUAGCUGCAGGUUGUAUGCCACAAAACACUUACGAGUGUUACUGAGAGCAAAUGUAGAGUUCUUCAGCAACUGGGGGAUUGAGUUACUGGUGACCCAGUUACAUGAUAAAAAUAAAACUAUUUCUUCUGAGGCACUUGAUAUUCUAGAUGAGGCAUGUGAAGACAAGGCCAAUCUUCAUGCCCUUAUCCAAAUGAAACCAGCUCUUUCUCAUCUUGGAGACAAGGGUUUGCUUCUACUUCUAAGAUUUCUGUCCAUCCCAAAGGGGUUUUCAUACCUAAAUGAAAGAGGUUAUGUAACAAAACAGAUGGAAAAGUGGCAAAAGGAAUAUAACUUAAAGUAUGUUGAAUUGAUUGAAGAACAACUAAAUGAAGCACUUACAACAUACCGGAAACCUGUUGAUGGUGAUAACUAUGUUCGUCGGAGCAACCAAAGAUUACAGCGACCACACGUCUACCUGCCAGUUCACCUUUAUGGCCAACUGGUGCACCAUAAAACAGGCUGCCAUUUGUUGGAGUCUCAGAGUAUUGUUACAGACCUAAGUUACACUGUUCGUUCCCCAAUGCUGGAUAAGUGGGAAGGAAUUAAGCAGCUGAAAGCAGCCCUUUGGGCCUUGGGCAAUAUUGGAUCAUCAAAUUGGGGUCUUAACUUGCUUCAAGAGGAGAAUGUAAUUCCUGAUAUAAUGGCACUUGCCCAACAUUGUGAAGUUCUCUCUGUUAGAGGAACCUGUGUCUACGUGCUUGGUCUAAUAGCCAAAACUAAACAAGGAUGUGACAUUUUGAAGCAUCACAACUGGGAUGCAGUGAGACACAGUCGUAGACAGCCUUGGCCAGUGGUCCCUGAUGAUAUGGAGCAGCUCUGCAAUGAACUUUCUUCUAUACCCAGCACUCUUAGCUUGAACUCUGAGUCCACCAGUUCUAGGCACAACAGUGAAAGCGAAUCUGCCCCUUCAAGUAUGUUCAUCAUGGAGGAUGACCGUUUUGGUAGUACUUCCACUAGCACAUUCUUCCUAGAUAUUACUGAAGAUGCAGAACAAAUAUUUUAUGACAGACCUGGACCUUCAAAAGACAAAGACCGUAGUCCCUUUCCUUUUUUUUCUUCUAGUAGACUUGUGAAAAACCGCAUUCUAAACUCUCUUACUCUUCCUAAUAAAAAACACAGAAGUAGCAGUGAUCCAAAAGCAGGAAAGCUGGCAUCAUCUGACAGUAAAUCAGUCCUGAGGCGAAAUCGUACAGUAACAGAACCUUCUGGUAGCAUAGACUUUCCUGCUGGGGAAGAAUUAAACCCUGUUUUCAGAGUUCCUAAAAUCCAGACUUUACGAUUAGAAACUUCUUUUGUUGGAAGUAAGCACAUGGAAGAUACUGAUAGUACCCCAAGUAUUGGAGAAAAUGAUCUGAAGCUGCCAAAAGGUCUUGGAAAUGAAAUUCACCGGGAAAACACAAGCAGAGAAAAGCUAAUAGGAGAUGGUACUACACAAACACAUUUCAAGAGUCGUAGCUUAAGUUUUAAUACAGAUACCACAACAAGUGGCAUAAGCUCAAUGAGCUCUAGCCCUUCAAGAGAGACCGUAGGUGUGGACACUACAAAUGUAGAUACUGACUGUGGAAGUUUGAGUACUGUGGUAAGCACAAAAACAGUUAAACCAAGUCUCUGUUCAACACCACAGUCUAACCACCUGCCUAUCUCAAAGUCCAACUCUGUAUCUCUGGUACCACCAGGCUCUUCUCAUACACUUCCUCGAAGAGCCCAGUCUCUUAAAGCUCCUUCUCUUGCUACAAUAAAAAGUCUUGCUGACUAUAACUUUAGCUACACAAGUUCUCGAGAUGCCUUUGGCUAUGCUACACUAAAACGCUUACAACAGCAGCGGAUGCAUCCUUCACUGUCUCACUCGGAAGCCCUGGCAUCUCCAGCAAAGGACGUGCUGUUUACUGACACUAUUACCAUGAAGUCUGGCAGCCUGGAUUCUCGGCUAACCCCAAGCCGGUUCAUGAAAGCUUUAAGUUAUGCUUCAUUAGAUAAAGAAGAUCUGUUAAGUCCUAUUAACCAAAACACACUUCAGCGUUCCUCUUCUGUUCGCUCGAUGGUUUCUAAUGCUACAUAUGGUAGCUCUGAUGAUUACAUUGGCCUUGCUCUCCCAGUGGAUAUCAAUGAAAUAUUUCAGGUAAAAGAAACUCCAUAUUUCCAGAAGAAAACCACACCUCCAUUUGAUGACCAUGGUGCUAAAGUCUUUGCACCUGAUACAGGAGGUCUUCCGUCAGGUACAAGUGAUGUUGUCAAAAGCCCUUUUCAGAUGCUCCGACAGCAAAUCAGUCUCACAGAAAUAAUGAAUACCAGCCGUUCAGAUGCCUCCCAGUUUUUAGAAAGUACAGAGGAUACAGGGCUGCAGGAGCACACAGAUGAGAACUGCCUUUACUGUGUCUGUGUUCAAAUACUGGGUUAUCAGCCUAGCAGUAAAGUGAACUCUUCAUAUGGUCGUACAGAUUUUUCAGACAUUCCAUAUACUGACUGGUGUGGGCAGACCAUACACAAUCACUUAGAUGUGCAUUCCUCCAAAUUUUCUGGAAUUUCAGGCUGUAGUGAUGCAGUAUCGCAUGGUUCAGCUAGCAGCACCAAGAGUACAGAACUUAUGCUAGGAGUAAAAUCAAUCCCAGAUGAUACACCAGUGUGCAGAAUACUUCUGCGGAAGGAAGUCUUACGUUUAGUCAUCAAUUUGAGUAGUUCAGUAGGAACUAAGGGCCAUGAAACUGGACUGCUGACAAUAAAGGAGAAGUAUCCCCAAGCAUUUGAUGACAUAUGCCUUUACUCUGAGGUGUCCUACUUGUUAGCACAUUGUACAUUUCGACUUCCAUCUAGAAGAUUCAUUCAGGAACUAUUUCAAGAUGUGCAGUUCUUACAAAUGCACGAAGAAGCAGAGGCUAUUUUAGCAACACCAACAAAGCCUCCAGUGAUCGAUACAUCAACUGAAUCCUGACCUCUGUCUCAUGCAGUGCAUUGCAUAUAGACUUUCUGAAAUCCUCAGACAACCUCUGACUGACUGGAUAAAAAGCUUGGAGUAUCAUCUGCUAGACCGUUCCAGAAGCUACUGGUACCUGAAGACUGAACUGAAAACUCUUCCUCAACCAAUUACUGUCCCAGUCUUUUGAGCCCUUUGGGGAUUUAUUAAACAUUACCAUAGUUUUAAUAAUAGUAAUUAUCAGUAUAUGCAAGAGCCAAGCACUGAACACCUCCACAAGUUUUCAUUUCAUUGGAAAAAACAAACAAACAAAUAAGACAACAUGCAGAGACAUCUUUUUUUGAUUGACUUUCGAUUUUGUUCCAGAGAAGUAGAAUGAUGCCUUGCUUUUUAAACGCUGGAUACCAGGAAUCAGAGAGAGAUAUGAGGGUGCAUUCCGUUGCCAGCAAUGGGGAUCUGUGCUGUAAUCUUGGAGACUAGGGGAUUAAUGUUAGUGUUAGCCUUUCUCUGUUUGUUUUUGUACUGUUUAUAACACUACUUGGAGGUUUGUAACUUCAGACAGAAAGAAAAGCCUCUGUGACUCUGAGGUUUCCUUUAAGUUAUUUUAAUAUUGCUGUAGUUGUAAGUCAUUUUAUUAGCAGUCUCUCCAAUUUCAUUACAUUUACAUACAUGUAUCUUAUCUGAACCAGUUAAGGACUUUCACUACAGUUUGAUUUUUAAAAAUAACAAAUCAUUUAAACUUAAAAUGCUGAAAUCAGAUUGUUCUCCCUGAAUGAUAUGCAUGUGUUUGCAGUUUCUACAUUCAUGCUCAUAUAGUACGAAUGUUGGUCUUAUUCUUAACCAAAAUCCUUUAAAAAGCAUGAUUUGUAUCAGAUAAAUGAAUAUUGUAUAAACUAAACUUGAAGACAUUUAAUCAUUGCUGCUUUUGUGAGAAGACAUAAUAUGAGUGUUUUCAAAGUUCUGUGGAAACAGCCUUUUAUAAAAACAAAGGUUUAUUUGGAUUUUCAAUAGAUGAGUGAUCAAGCAUCAGAUAGUACUAAUAAUUGUAGUGAAAAGCCUUAAGUACCAAAUUUUGGAGCAGCAGUACUUAUAAUUUUAUACUGGUAUUUAGGACUUGUUGCAAAAGUUAAAUGAGAUAGUGACUGUUGAUGACUGAAAUAGUUGCCUCUAUUAUGUUGCUGGUGAGGUUUCUAAAUUAAUGGGUGCAAGCUUAAAAAAAAAAAAAAAAAGUAGAAAUCCCUGUCACUUUUACACUUUUAUCAUGGAUCUAGAGAUUCAGAAGCCUUUAUACAAAGGUUAAUAUAAAUAUAUGCAAAUGUGUAUAUACAGUAGCAUGGCCACCUUUGUUAGAAUGCCUGUAAUAGAAGGGAUUACCCUUUGAUUUUGAUAUAGGAAUAACUCAGCUGGACUGUACUAAGUAGAACGUAUUUUUUCCAUUCACUUUUACCAUUUUUUAUAAUUGUCAGAUUAAUACUUAAGUGAAGAUAAGUGAAAUUUAUCCUGAUGCUCACAACUCUGUUCUUCCUAGCUAUGCUACUGGAGAUUUCAAUAGGUAGUCCUGUGAACAGUAAAACAAGACACAUAAGCACUGCUUUGCAGCUAUCACUUCACCGAGUUUUCAUGUGCACUGCAUACUGUCACGUUCUGGUAAAGCAGAUUGUAAAUUGCUGCUCACAGUCAAAUUUAGUUCCUAAGAUUACCUUUUCAUGAGUUCCCACUGAAAGAAGGAGCAAAAAGAAACUGAUUCAGCUUUUCUAUGGCCAGUGACACAAAUAAUACAUCUAUGUGUCAAGGCAUGUUUGAAAUGCUCUGAAAAUAGCCGGUAACUAUUGGACUUCUGCUCAUAUGAAAUAAAUGCUUCUGUAAAACCAAAAUGUCAAUCACAGUAGACCAAAUAGUGGUAUAAACUCCAAAGGAAAUAAUGUAGUUUUCCCAAAAAUGGGGCUAGCGUAUCUUAUACCGUAGUUUCAAACACUACCUCAGUUAGGCUAGAGUAUAAGAGAUUUGUUUUAAUAACUAGAUGGGGUUACAUUGAACAACUCCAUGUUAUUUUUCUGCAAUUAAAGCAAAAUAAACAAGUUUUAUCACCUACAUUUAAAAAAAAAAAAAAAAAAACAACAAAAAGAAAAACAAAACAAAAACCUUUGUUCAUUUGUUACCAGUUUAACUUGGAGCACUUAACAUAGGAAGUGCUAUACAAAGGCCUCUGAUUAUAAAAAGGUAAGCAAAAGCAGUGUUAAUAUGCUUUUUGAAAGAAUCUCCAUCCUGAAAUGCUUACAUGUUCUGAAGUAUUCACUUGUGUGGGGAUCUAUGACAACAGAAACUUGAUGUAAAAAUUAUGGCUGCAGAUUCAGUUGUAAAACAUGAUUUAUUUUUUCCCUGAAAAUGUACAAGUGUCAGUAGAUUUCAACAAGUACACAUCAAGGAUGUAAAGUCUGUACUGUACGUAACAUACAACAUUUCUAGAAUGAAUUUACGUAUUUACAUUAAGCUCAUUAAUGUUUCAUUUUAAUUGGCAAAUGAAGGGAUGCUAUAAUUGAAGGAAUUUGAUAUUGGCCUAGUUAUAAACUGUGAAUUUCCAAUUCUAUAGAUUUUUCUUUUUGAAUAUCCCUUUCAAAGUUGUUAGCUUGGGGUUUAUUUGCUUCAUGAUAAAACUUAAGACAAUGGUAGUAAAUAACAGUUGUGCUUAUAUUAACCCUGAUUAAGAAUCCUUCCACUUCUCCUGAAAAGGUUUGCAAGGGAAGCUGACAGACCACCUGCUUUGUGGUUUUUCCAAUGCAAACAAUUGCUGAUGUAAAUGCUUGAAUAAAUGGUAAAGUAUAUAACCUUCACUCGUAUUAUAUACAAAUGCAGUUUGGUUGCUGUGGCAGAGGAAACUCCCAAAUGAUUCAUUAUGCUAGCACAAAAUACUCAGCUCUGAGGUGAAAGCCUUUGUGGGAAGGAGAGGCCAGCCCUUCUACAUUAGGGGGCUAGUUUUCGUAAGUCUGCUUUUACAGUCAGUGCAAGGAGAGCCCUUUCAAAGGCCAGACAGCUAACUAAAGGUGUCCUAGUUACUUCCCCAAGGGUCUGUUUCUCUCCAUGAGUGGGGAGGAGGAUGGAGCUGGGUUCUGCGAGUGUCCUUUUGGAGAGAGACUUUUUCAGCUGUCUGAUAUUCGGAGAUGCUGAGAGCUCCCAGCUCUUGUGGGCAUCACUUGGAGCUGGAGGAGAGUAGGUGCCCAACUUGCAUGUUGGGCCCCUGGUAUGUUAUGCUUUUAACAGUUGCUUUUCCUCAUUUGGGUGUUCUUCUUUGACCUGACAUAGGUACCCUAAAUGUGCUCUUGUUUGUUCACAAGACACAAUGAAGUGCUAAAGCAUUCGGUACUUUAGAGCAUAGUGGAUUGGCACACUGAGGUGAUCUGCCCUUAUAAGCAUUUAAAAGCAGCAGUGAGAAUCCUGCUUGUCUUUUUGUCAUUUUAUUUUGAAACGUAUGUAGUGGUCUUGAAGGAGAGUUGUGAUUUGCAAUGAAACUAAAAGAACCUGUAGCACCUUUACUAUGUGCCUGAAGAGAAAGGUAGCUAUUCAAGAAAUAGGCCAUAAUCAAAGCUUAGUGAGAGAUGAAGUGAGCUGUUGCUCCUUCUUAUGCUGUGUCCCGGAGUUGGUAUUUGGCUUUUUGGACUGCAGAAAGCUGGUUGUUACCUUUUAAGUGUGAGCUCAAGCUGGACACUCGCAGUGGAAGAAUUCUUGCCAGGCUUGGGAGCAUCCCCGAGGUCUCUGCUUGCCCCCCGGCAGGGCUGCACACAAGUCCUGUUACUCAGAGUUUCACUGGAGCCAGCUGAAAGCAGGUCCCGUAACUUCUUUUUUAAGUUACACUUCUACUACCAUGUGCUUAUUAAGGGUAUACUGGGCGAGAGUAAACUCUGAGAACUAUAAAAAGACCUUUGGGAAAAUGCUAGAAAACACACUUGUAUUUUGCUAGAAGCCUCCUACAUCUCCUUGGAUUUUGUUUAACUCCCAGUUCUGGUUCCCUGGAUAGUUCUGUUUUCAACAGAUUUCUAUGUUCAGUAAAGAAUGUGGGUACUCUUUGGACUAUUUUUGUAACGUAAAUAGACAGCAAUGCCACAGCAUGCAGAAAUUGCACAUUUUGCUUGAGUUGCUUUGUAAAAUACACUAUUUUAUUUGAGAAAUGUAAUUUAUGCCAAAAAGUGUAAGAUACCAUUUUGCCACUGAAUAGGGUGUUCCAGCACAAGAUGCAAUGUCUAAGGGGGGAAAAGGCAGACACUUCGUAGAUUUAAUUGAAAAAUUGUUCCAGUAUUGGGCUGUCAGCAUCCCUAAAACUGCAUUACAAGAGUGUCUAAAUUAAUCCUUCUGAGGAAAAAGGGGAUCAAGGAAAAUCUCAAGACUUUAUUCUCCCUGCCCCGUGUGGUCUUUUCUUAUUUAGUAAUACGCUGCUACAUAUUUGGGGGUUCUAGUGUUUGUAGGUCACUGAACAGACAUUGAAAUCUGAUUUAUAUUGUAUACCUGUAACAUAGAAAGAAAAAGUAUUUAUAUAUUUUCCGUAAGAAUAUUGCAUUGAGCUGUGUAUAAUUUAAACAGAGGCUUGUCCCAAAUGGUAUUGCCCACCCUGAUUUUUUUUUUUUCUGGUUUGGGUUUUUUUUCUUUUUUUCUUUUUGUCCCCCCCCCCCCCCUUUUUUUUUUUAACAGUGUGUACAGUUCAUGUCAAUGGGCAUUAAAAGCCUUCUGAAGCGUAGUCUUAUCAAAGGGAUGCAUUGUUAAUAAAAUGUACUUAAACUUCA